UACAACACUACAAAUCUAUUACAUUUAUUGAGCACAUGGGUUUUGCAUGCAAUAUCAUAUGAGAGAAGAAUCUUGGAAGGAUGCCACAAAAAGGUCUCAGCAAGAAGUCGGAAUAUUACUUAAAAGAUCGAUCGCUAGAAAAGCCGGAGUCUUUAAAUGAGUCACUUAGAUACAAAGCUCUUGAGAACAAAGUCUUCUAUUUUGACUUCAAAAACACGAGCACGGCUGCAUGGCUGGAGAAAGAGAUACGAAAGCUAGGUGGUCGGGUUGAAUAUUUCUUCGGUAAAGAAGUGCAGUACUUGAUAACAGACAAGCCACAGACCAAGGAUUCCAUUCCUCCUUGUUCACCAUUCAGCAACCCUGGUCCCAGUCCUUUCUCUCGUCCUGAUACAAGUCAGUCUAUGAGGGAUGUGGCUCCGACACCGAGCGAGUGGGCCUAUUCAGAUCAGUGGAAGAAGCCUCAGUCGUCCCAACGAUCACGAGCUAGUAAAAUGAUGGAGUUGGCUUCUGUGACGAAGUCUCAAGGUUCCUGUGAUGUUUGGUCGAGAGCUAAAGAAAGAGGGACGACAAUAAAAACGGUGGAGAACUUCAUAGCAUGGCUUCAUACCGUUCAUAAGAAACUAGGAACGAAGAUGUCACGCGACAGUCUCAAAGAACCUCCCAAAAACCCGUCUCGGAAGCUACGGGGCGUGUACAUGAAGGUCGAAGAUUCAGGACGAAAGUACAAACCACAAGUGUUGGACGAUGCCCAAUCUUGGCAGACGAUAGAUGCUUCUGCUCUGACGGACGAUUCUCCUUUUAAUACUGAGAAGAGACGACUUACUCGUAAACUUGCCAACCAGCAGACGAAGCCAACAACCAAUGUACGUGGCAUUCUGAAGAAGGAAGGGUUAACUGCCAAAAAGAAGAGCGGUAAAGGAGUGAUAAGGAAGAGAGGCGGGGGUAAAUGUGAGGGGUGUAAUGUCAGAUUCGAAAUCUUAGAAGCUCACUUAACUGGAGACCAGCAUGUAAAGUAUGCGAAGAAAGACAAGAAUUUCGAAGCAAUUGAUCAGCUGAUCUCGGAGGGCCUGUCACUUGAUAGUUUCUUGUUGGAACUCCAGAGUAAUGCCUCACAUGAAAGUAAAGUGUUUGGGCUGACUCAGACGUUGUCUCCUCAAGUAAAGAGUGAUGGUUCUACUGAACCACUUGACGUUGAUGGACCUUGUACUAGGGCUAGAAAACAAAAGUAUAACCUGGACGUGGUUAAUCAAACCCCACUCGCUCCAGAGACAGACUUAGUGGUUGCUGGGCCAUCUCCAAAAUUGUCCGGAGUUCCCGAGUUAGAGAACAAUUACUAUCUGAGAUCGACACCAAGGAAACUAGUCGGGAUGUUGGAUGAAUGGGAUACAAGAUGGGAUAAUGUGAUCAUGCCUGAUCAAGUUUCCCAACUUUCUGUGGUCAGUGACGGAACGUUCCUUCAGUGUCAGUCUUUGGAUUUGUACUCCAGUCAGGGUCAGAUCCCGGUACCUACAGAAAACCCCUGCUCAGAGUUCGUUGUGAAACGGCCCAGAGUAGCAGAAUCUCCAGUUGACAACACCCUCCUGAGAUCUCCAGGAUCAGGACCAGUUACCAGACUGCGAUCUCCGGCACAAACACCACCUCCUCGCACCACAAGGUCUAAAUCCCCGCCACGUAAUACCCGCUCAAUAAGUCCCACGGCCCACCCUACCAAAACCACAAGGUCUCAAUCACCGGGUACAGCCACAAAAUCUCGCUCUCCUGGACCUGCCACUGGAUACGGUUCACCAGAAUCUAGCCACAGGAACCUUAGAUCUAACUCACCAGGCCGGUCACGAAACAAUUCUGCUAAACAAACUGAUUCACCGACCCAGUCUAGGAAAAGCUCCGCUAAACAGAGUAGCUCGGCUAAACAGUUAAAUUCUCCUUCUCAAAGGAGGUGUAAACAGACUAAUUCCCCAUCGGGCGCAUCUCAAUCCCCAAACAAACGAUCUCAGAAUUCGCUACCUGUGAAGCGCAGGGUCAUAAAUCACAGCUAGGACAUACUUACAGUUCCUUCUUUCCUUUUGAACCUUCCUGAACCACAGAAAAUCAAAAUAUCAUCCAACCUGUUUCGUUUUCAGAAACCAACUUUAUUGUAAUGCGAAACCCAUUUUGUUAUUAUUGGAAUAUUUAUAACGCCAGAGCUGUUUUGUUGUUAUUGUAGUAGCUGUAGCUAAUAUCUAGACUUGUUGUUAUUUUAGUGUGCCACAAAAAAAGGCCAUUUUCAAUUUUAAUCUUUUUCAACUCUGUGAUUCUUAACUUGUAAAUUAUGAUUUUGUGGCAUACUCACUGAUAUUUGCUAAGAAAUUUUACAAAACAGUAAUUUUAAAACCGAUAACAUUCAUUGGAUUUUAGAUAUACUGAUUACUGAUACAUUGUUUGCUUGUUUUGUCUUGAAUUGUAGUUUUAUUAAGGAUUGUCAAGUUUCGUUAAAUGCAUCCUAGUUGUCCUCCUGCAGGGUCGAAUAUUGAUUCUAAAGACCUUAUUUUUAACUUCGUGUCCGUAAAGCUUUUUAACUAUGGUUAAUGGUUAUGGUAUUUUCUCAUUAUAUUGAUUAUUGUAUUCUCUUGUUUGUGGUAUGUUAUUGGUUAUGAGAGAUAUAUUUGUAACUUGCAUUAAUGUUGCCUUUGCUAAGAUAUUGUGUAAUAAUCGUAAUAAGAGAUUCAGAGAACAUUCGAAGCACUGCACACUGAUACAGUAAUAACUAAACGUCAGUAGUGUAUGAUUGAGAAUUUAUGGAUGGGAAUUGUAAUUCUUCGACGUGAUUCUUGGGGCACAAUUGAACUAAACCUUUAAAGCAAAAACUUUCCAGAGUCAUAUCAUUGAAUUUGACGUUUGUCUGAUUACAAUAUCAAUAUAUUUGGAACAGUUGUGACAAGUUUUAUAUGUUUAUCUCAACCAGAUCAACUUAAAAUGCAGAUUUGCUCUUAAAACCAGCAAAAAAUGGGUUUUAAUUUUAUUCUUGUUCGACGUAUGGGUUUCGUGUAUCUCAAAUACCUGACAAUCGAAAAUUAUUUUCCUUCAAAUCGUUCAGAAAUGAGAAAGUGGGCGAUUAGAUUUGGACGU